UAGAGUUACUUCAAUUGCUGCAAGCUCUAUAACUGAGCACUGAGGACAAGGAGCCGUAACCCAACGAUGCCCAUACCCGUCGCAUCCGAACCGUUACAGUCGACGGAGACAUGGUCCCUUCAGACCAUCGUUCCCCACGACGACUCAGGCUCUACCGCUGAAUUUCCCCCGGGCCAGGAAACCCCUGCCAGUGGUACCGGUGGUACCGGUCAAGCAUCUGAAUUGCAGAAACCAUCGUCACACUCGCGCUCUCAGGCUAUCCCUCCACCAGACCACGAGAACAUUCCGGUAACAAGAGUCGUGGUUGAGCAAGCCGAUGGUGAUGCCAGUUCCGAGUCCGUACCCCCGGAUAAUGCGGCAGAAGAUAUGCGUCCGACAAGACGAUAUCAGGCUGUGUUGCUGUUUGCGGGGUUUAUGAUGAUAUUUCAGGUUAUUGGGAUUAAUCAGACGUAUGGUAUUUUUCAGGAGUUUUAUACGUCCUCGGAGAGUAAUAUUGUGGAUGCUGCUGGACAGGAUGCUCUCGUUGCCCUGGUAGGAACACUUGGGAGCGGGCUUACCUGGAGUGGCGGCAUAUUCGUCAAUCCUUUGAUCUCUAGAGUGCACAAUACGAAGCUCAUCACAUUGGCUGGCGCAUUCCUGAUGAGCGCAGGGAUCUUCCUCGCAAGCUAUUCGUCCAAGCUCUGGCACCUCUUCCUCACCCAAUCCCUCCUCUACGGCCUCGGCAGCAGCCUCUUCUACUUCCCCAUAAUGUCCCUCGCACCCCCCUUCUUCAAUCGCCACCGCGGCUUCGCCAUGGGCUUCAUCCUCUCCGGCAACGGAGCCGGCGGCCUCGUCCUCGCUCCGGUCUUGCACGCUCUGCUGAGUAAAGUCGGGGUGAGGUGGACGUUGCGGACGUUGGGGCUGUGGAAUUUGGUGGUUUGUGUCCCGGUGGCGUGUGUGGUGAGGCAGCCGCCUGGGUUUGGGUUUGGGAGGACGGGGAGGAGGAUGGAUAGGAAGAUGUUUAGGCAGGGGACGUUUUUGCUUCAGUCUUUCGGAGCACUUUUGCAGGCUGCUGGGAAUGUCAUACCGUUGUAUUAUCUGACGACGUACUCGACCUCUGUACUUUCUUAUUCAAGCUCGACGGGCAGUCUGUUACUUGCUGUCAACAAUGCAGUGAACAGUGUAUCCAGAAUCGGCAUGGGCAUGUUGGCCGAUAAUAUUGGGAGGCAAAAUACCAUGGUAGCCAGUGUCAUACUAUCCGGAAUAACAGUCCUCGCCCUCUGGAUCGACGCCACCCGCUCUCGCUUCCUCGCCUUCAUCGUCUUCUACGGUAUCUACGCAGGAGGCUACAACGCCCUCCUCCCCACCACCAUCACCGAAGUGUACGGGAUACAGAACUACGCGACCGUCAACGCCGCGAUAUACUUCAUCCGCGGACUGGGAACGAUGAUGGGCGCGCCCGUCGCGGGUGUCAUACUGGGGAGCCAUGCGAGGAGCUCGACAGGUUCAGGGAAUCUGGGCAGUGGAGGGCUGUCGAUGGGCGAGUUGAAGGGGAGGUAUGCGGAUGUUGCGGUUUAUGAUGGGGCGUUGUUGGUGGGUGCGGGGGUUUGUGUGGCGGCUGUGAGGUGGUUGGAUGCGAGGAAUAAGGGAGGAUGGGUUUGGAAGGCAUGAUUUCGUUUUACGAACGUCGAUGUGUGCGAUGCAAUCCUAAUUACACACGCAUGCAUAUAUAUUGUUUAUAAUGUCUGUACUGUGCUCUUCUUCACUCUUGUUGCUGAACUCGACGGAAC